CUUCUCUCUCGGCGUUUGGUUUGGUUCCUCGAAGCAUAACAAUUGGCUUCUGGGCACAACAACUAUAUCACUCUAAAAUGACGUGGGAAAGAGGAAUUUGAGUUUCGUGUGGUAAUCUUACCCUUGGUAAGAUGAAUCUUUUGAUUGGUUUCCAAACUCUUCACCUUCACUAUAAUCAGACUUACAUUUACUACUAACUGCCUCGAAAACGCUCUCUCUCUCCCUUGGAAAUAGGGGAGAUUCAAAAUGCAUAUUCUUUGCCACUCUACUCUAUGGUUUCGUGUAUAAAUUUACCCUCAUCUUCUCUGAUAAUUACUAGGUGAUGCUUUGAAUGGGUGAGUCUACUCUCAGUCGCAGAGGAAAGAGACGAGAGAAAUGGAUAAAACACUACUCCAGUUCUCACAAGAUUUUACUUGUGGGAGAAGGAGAUUUUUCAUUUUCUUCAUGUUUGGCUAGGUCCUUCGGCUGUGCUCUUAACAUGGUGGCUACUUCAUUACACUCUGAAGAGAUGUUGCCCUUGAAGCAUUGGACUUCAGUUGCACAUAUUGAGGAGCUCAAAUCAUUAGGGUGCACAAUAUUGCACAAUGUGGAUGUCAAAGACAUGCAUGAGCAUGAUACACUGAAGACCAUGAGAUUUGAUCGAAUCGUCUACAACUUCCCCCACGCUGGCUAUUUCCUUCACCUCUCUGAGACACACAGAGAACUCAUUAGGAGGCAUAAAGAGUUGGUGAAGGCAUUUUUCACAAGCGCGUCGAAAAUGCUUUCUAAGCACGGUGAAAUUCAUGUAUCACAUAGAGAUGACCAUCCGUAUGUAAAAUGGGAGCUCGAGAAAUUAGCUAAUGAAGUCGACUUGGUUCUGAUUGAAAAAGCGGAGUUUCAGAAGUCGGAUUAUCCUGGAUACCACCACAAGAGGGGUGAUGGCAGAAGGAGCAACAAGUCCUUUCCUCUCAAAGAAUGCUUCACUUUCAAAUUCUCGACAAGUAAUUAGGUUGGAGGGAGAAAUAUGAUGAGGAGAAUUGGAUUAUAAACUUCCAUCGUGUUAAUUAUCUUGAAAAGUUUGAAUCAUGACCAAUUAAAAUGUCAAGAUUGGAUGAAUAGAAAUAUUGCGCUUUCGAACCACUGGAUAAAAUGUGUAUUAUGCAAUGAAAAUUGGACGGUCAACUCCA